CUAGACUUGCACGGCCGUUCGGGUACCCCCCUGGCCGUGCGAGCUCUCGGCCACAAGCGCACGGCCACAAGUGCACAAUGCACGGCCGUGCGCUCAGCCUGGCUUGGCCGUGCGAUUUGCACGGGCAUGGCAUUGUCUUGCACGGCCGUGCGCUAUGCCUGGCCUGGCCGUGCGAGCUCUCGGCCAGGAGUGCACGGCCAAGAGCGACAGGUACACGGCCGUGCGCCUCGGCUCGGCCAGGCCGUGUCGGCCUGCACGGGCAGAAGCACGCCGUGCACGGCCGUGCGCGCCUGCCCGUGCGGCCGGGGCUGCUUCAGCUGACGGUGAUGAUGGAACUGCUGGCGCUGCUGAUGAUGAUGCGUUCAUGACCGACAUCGACCUCGACGAUCUUGGCGACGAGUAGGCUGUGCUCGUUGCCCGUCUCAGUGUGUUUGUUUUGUUUGUUUUUUUUCUUUUUAGACUUUUGUGUGUUUGCUCCAUGUGUGCGGAGCUUGAACUUGGUGUCGUUUGUUUUUUUUUUUGGUUUUUCAUUUGUGGUUUGAUGUAGCCUUCUGGGCUAACACUUAUCCCUAACGCCAGUGUGCUAGUGUGUUUCUGAUGUUCGAUUUGUGCAGCAUUGUCCACUCUCCCGUUCGUUUCUCGCUGACUGGUCCACUUCCAGUCCCCCAGCAGUGUUCUUACCCGGUAACAUCGUUCCCCUUAUCUUUCCCUCUGCUCCAUUGAGGGCAAUGUCGUUCUUAAGUGUGGGGGGUGCUUUGUAUCGAUUGGAAUAUUUAUGAUGGUGUCCGAAUCUUACGAUUUGAGGGCUCCAAGUACUGCUGUUUGAUCAUAUUGGCACUGUGUUUUGAUGGAUGAAUUGAUUGGUUUUCGGAUUAAUGCUGUUUGCGACUAGGACAACCUAUGAUGAGGACUGAGAUGUGCAGUAGAACGAUGUAGGGGUUCAGUUUUUCAACUGUUUGCUUGACAACUGUGACUUGAUCUGACUUGCUCUGAUUACUUGUCCUUGACAGUCGUUUAUGCAUCUAGUUCAGGGUAUCAGAAUGUGAGAUAGAGCAUAUAGGUAGCCAUGUGAGAUUUGAGCCUGCUCGUUUCUUUCUUGUGCGAUAGAUCCCUCUUCCAUGAUGUGUAGCAUUCACGUUGUCACUAGCUAAGAUGAUGGGGGCAUAGGAUUAGCCCACGCCCAAAACUGACUGUCCUGAUGUGUCAUAUCCCCUAGUCAGCCCCUUUGAGCCGUGUGUUAUCCUUUCUUUUGGUCUAUAAUGAAAAGAAAUCACCCUUGUUGCAUCUUUUAGAAGGUUCCACAGAGUGGUUUUUAUAUAUUCUCUGCUGUUUCUGCUAAAGUCUAUGUGAGUGUUGGAGGUAGUGCUUAAAAGUUGGGCGGAUGUUUGAAAUAUGUGCAGGAGUGGUGGCUCUCUUAAGAAAUGAAAAGAAAAAUAAAAGAAAAACAAAGAAAAAUUGAAAGCAAAAGAGAGCCACUACUAAAAAUCUGAAUAAUGCCCAGUAAGUAGUGUUUCUUAGCAGUCUUGCUUGGAAAUGCUGAUGUUUAUGCCUCCUUCGCUCUUGUGCUCUUAAGAUAUUGAGUAAUGCAGGAUAGCAGAAAGAAAAUACCGGGUUGCUGACUGUGUUUGUGUGUUCGGGAAAUGUGGAACCUUUUGCUAUGAAUACUUCCACCACCUAAAAGGCCUUUUCCCCAUGUCCAAGACCCUAGCCAGUCAUUUGAACCUGUGUCUAAGACCUCCUGAUUAGUUAGUGGUGACACCCCAUAUGUGAACUCCAGCAUUUAGAGGCUGCCAUCAUGGUGAAGAGAUGAUAGGGAUUGAGAGAAAUAGCAUGCGCAUCUUUCGCAUCAAAUUGUCCUGACCCCACUGGUCGAGAGUGAGUGAUUCAUUUUCAUUUUCUAUAUGCUCUUGUACCCCGGUGAGGACCUAGAUUGCUCGGUCUCUAUUCUGAUGUCUUGAGUUGGAUGCAUGAGUUGACUGUUUUGAGUAAGUGGUUGAAUCAAGUCUAGGUUGGCCAGUGAACAGACGGGAGGCUCUUCCUUUACUCGAUUUGCUGCACUCGAAUGUCCUUUGUGGUGGUUGUCCAGGUUGUUAUUGAGGUUGUGCAUGUAUUGAUGUUUGAAAACCAGUGCGAUUCACGUGUUCUGUGCCUUUAUGACUUGUCCCCAAUGUUGGUUGAUUGAAAUAUGUAAGCUUACCUAGUGUCUGACUUGGUUUGCUUGGGGACAAGCAAACGGUUAAGUGUGGGGGAGUUUGAUAGACCGUCAUUUACACAUGUUUUUACCCCCGUUCUUACACCGUUUGAGGUGUUGAUUCUCGUGUUUUAGGCCGAUUUCACGCUAGGUUGUGCUUGUUUGUGAUAUUUCAGGUCCUAGUACGUGAAUGAAGGCUUAGGAGCGAGUCUGGGGUCGAUUGGACGAAGAACGGACGAGUGGCGAGGUUUUUGGGAGCUGCACGGGCAGACCAGGGGGGCUGCACGGCCGUGCACGGUUGCAAGCUGGCCGUGCGCCUCAUGCCGAGGAGCUGCACGGGCAAGCCCUGAAGAUUGCACGGCCGUGCACCUGGCCGUGCAAGAAGCCUGAGUUCGACUUAAGGGAUACGCUGCGUUUCAGGGUGCACGGCCAGAAUGGUGAGGUGCACGGCCGUGCACCCUGGCCGUGCAACUCGGGAAAACCCGGUUUUAAAGCCUAAUCCGAGCCAGAAGUGGGGGGAUCGGACCUUUUGAGCAAAAACAGAGCCCUAGAGAGAGAAAGAACGAAGAACUCACCCUAGAAGCCAUCUUGGAGCUGGAUUUCAUCAAUUCAAGCUUGGAGAUCGUCCUAGGAGUGGAAAUCAUCAUCCCGGAGCAGAUUUUCCUCAUCAUUAUGAGUAUGACUACUCCGAUUACUGUUUUCUUUUCUCUCUCUAUGGAGUAGAACCCUUCUCUAACUUGGGUAUGAAGAACCCUAGUUCCUUGUGUUAGGGAUUAGAUUGUAAUGACUUGGGAUGAUACUACUGUUUGAUUUUAAUCGAAUGAUGCAUGUUUCAUGAAUUGAUUUGAGUCUGAUCAGCUUGUCUCAAUUUCUGCUUCAACCUGAGAUAGAUAGAAUCUGAUUAGGUUGUUAGAGCCUCUUCAUUCGAUAGUAGGAGGUUGGCUAUACGAGAGUUAGCCAGUUUACUGCUUUGUACUGGUGUUCUUGGCGCCAGUAGUGGAGUUCUGUGUUCAUAGCCUCAGCUUUCUAUCCCGGUGAAGACUAGUCGUCUGCCGGGUAGUUAGACUGAGAGGGCUUGGUCAGCUUAAGAGAUUCCAAGCUACUGUCGGAUCUUCCGCAGUCUAAUCAACAGUAAAUCAACCC